AGAAGGAUGUCGACUUUCAUGUGAAACGCUUGAUGUUGGGAGAGCACAAAGUGCGGCGUUGGCUCCAGCCCACGAAGGAGUGGGAGCCUCCACAGGCGGCCUGUGAUUGGCUCGCGCACAGCUAACUCCAUUUUGGAGAACAGCUGUUUGGAGACACAACCUUUUCCCGUUGUUUGGAGACGGUACCCUGAGAAAAGCACUCGGGCUUUUUAACACACUCCCUGCGCCUCAACACACGUUUUUUAAAAAAAACAAUCGUGCUUCGGUUUCGACCCAGAUCGACGAGCUGCGUUUUUGUUCGCCUGUCGGGAAACUUAAACGGAAUCCAUGGUGUUCGCUUCCUAUUGUAACAAGUGGAUAACAGGAGGAGACCUGGCCAAGCAUCAUUAAACAGCUGAGACCCGACAAUCAGUCAGAGAAGAGCAGCAACACGUGCUGAAGAGCAGAAGGUGUAAUGAGAGCACAGGCCAUGGACAGAUGAUGGACGUAGAGACGUCGUACUCAGACUUCAUCAACUGUGAUCGCACCGGCCGGAGGAAUGCAGUGCCCGACAUCUCAGGGGAGGGGGCGGUAGCGGGCAGCACCAGUGAACUCACCAAAGACCUGGCUGGGAUGGACCUGAAGGCUGCAGAAGGAGAGGCGGGGGCCUCGCCAGCCCCUGAAGCAGAGACCUCCACCAGCCAAGAUGCCCAGGGAGGCGGAGGUCCAUCCUAAAGUCUGCCAGAGACAAACCCAGAAAGAUGAGGAGCGGCUUGGGCUCGAACCAUCACCUCUUUAUGGGAUGCGAUGCGAUUGUAACAUGGGCAGCAGAGCAGUGGACAAGUGGAAGCUUCAGACCGUUUUCUUUUGUGUCUGGCUCUGUUAGUCAUUUGUGUUCCCGACAGACAAGAAAGCACUGAUUCUUUGUAGAUGGACUGAACACAACUCAUUUAUAAUAACUCAAACUGUUGUUCCAGCCUAAUAUGGAAAUGUGUCAUGGAGAGAAUCUUCAUCACUCAUUAUCUUUGUUUUCUUUCUGCGUGUGUGUGUGUGUUUGUGACCCUUGUGUCUUCUUUUUUUUUAAGUAACGAGCAUAGUUACUAUUAUACAGUCGUGUAUGGACGUAAUCAUAUUUAUUGCUAAAUGUUCAGUGAUAACUUUGUGAUAGCAAUUUUCUUUAUGUAAUAAAAUACUUAUGAAUUACUGUAA